AUGGCUGGCAUGACAGCAGUUGCCGUUCAACAUGGAGCUCCCCGCCAACAAUAUAAUUCACACCGAACAAGUCCUUCGCCAAAUUCAACCUCACCUUCGGGUCAACAACCUCAACCUCAAAGCUAUACCUCCGCCACUGCGCCGAACUCACAACAAUUGCAAUAUUCAAAUCCAGUAAUGAACGGUAUGAAUGGCACAUUGGCGAUGAUGAAUUCGAGGCAUACUGUGUGCAAUGAUCCAAUCCAGCCUGGCAAUGGCGCAGAAGCUGGGUCUGCAUAUGCGCAGGCGAAUUCAGAUCGUUUUCAUGCUUUGACGCUAAAUGGAUCAACACCAGCGGGCACACGGCCAACAACUUCGGUUGGAAUCGCAGUAGAAUCAUCACCAGACGAUUCGGAGCCAAAUAAAAUACGGCGCAGACCAGUCGCACUACUUCAAAGAUCAAGGAGUGAUUUCGGCUCGAGGGGAGAAGAUACAAAUGGAGGUAUGGAAAAAGAUACACAAGAUUGGGGAGAAAGGCAUGGAUUUGGAACUCAUUAUGCAUCCGAGGAAUAUGUUUCGCAUCUAGCAAAUCAAACUGUAUAUACUGUAUAUUUCAUUGCAUACUUUUCUUUCCAAAGAAUGGAUGAAUAUUUUGAUGUUGGGAGUUUCAGUUACUCCUCUUUUGUUGAAAGCUUUGGUUUCUUCUCAUCCGGGGCAAAUGAAGAUCAGAAAGGCGCAGUUUAUUUAAAAUUUAGGGAGAAAUGUGAUUAUAUGCUUGCAGUCUCGGAAGUUUGCUCAGAAUUUCGUCGAGCACAUUAUCACUACCUCAAAACUUCAUUGAGCUGGGGACCUGGAUUUGACUAUGUGGAUACAGGCCCAGAGAUAAGCACUGACAUUAUACAACAGAACUGGUAUAUGUACUUUACAGAUAAACGACACGAGACGACCGGCAACCCUAAGUCAUUGGGAUAUGAACUUCAAGAUUGGCGGAUGAAGGAUCGUCUAAAAACAGUGUCUGCAGCCUUAGCAAUAUGCCUAAACAUUGGAGUUGAACCACCAGAUCAACUGAAGACUACACCUGGUGCAAAAUUAGAGGCUUGGCAUGAUCCCACACUACCUACUGUACAAAAGGCUUUGGAAACAAUUGGAAAAUCUCUACAAGCCCAAUAUGAGACCCUGGCCAUUCGAACAAGAUACAAGCAAUACUUGGACCCAUCGGUGGAAGAGACAAAGAAAUUCUGUAUCUCACUCCGUCGAAAUGCCAAAGAAGAAAGAGUUCUCUUCCAUUACAAUGGACAUGGCGUUCCAAAGCCUACCUCGUCUGGCGAAAUUUGGGUAUUCAACAAGAACUACACUCAAUAUAUUCCCGUCUCGUUGUAUGAUCUACAAACAUGGCUGCAAGCACCCACAUUCUUCGUUUGGGACUGCUCAGAUUCCGGCAACAUUCUGAAUAACUUUCAUCGAUUUGUUGACAAGCAUGAGCAAGAUGAGCUUGAAAGUCUGCAGAAGGAUCCAAAUCAUAUAGUUACAAACUAUCGACCUUACAUCCACCUGGCAGCAUGUGGCAUAAAGGAAAACCUACCUACAAAUCCUCUGCUUCCGGCUGAUGUCUUCACUGCUUGUCUCACUACCCCUAUCGAGAUGGCAUUAUGGUUUUUUGUCCUUCAGAAUCCACUCCCGUCACAAGUCUCACCAGAGCGAGCCAAAAAGCUUCCUGGUAGACUGCAAGAAAGACGGACCCCUUUGGGAGAGCUGAACUGGAUAUUCACAGCUAUCACAGACACCAUAGCUUGGACCACCCUCCCUCGGCCCUUAUUCAGAAAAUUCUUCAGACAAGACCUCAUGGUUGCAGCUUUAUUUCGAAACUUUCUGUUAUCACAGAGAAUUAUGAUGGCCUAUGGAUGCCACCCACAAUCAUAUCCAGAACUCCCGGACACUCAUCAGCAUCCUCUUUGGGAAAGUUGGGAUUUAGCAGUGGAAAUGGCUUUGGCCCAAUUACCAUCGUUAGAGAAGAAAGAAUCGGGGCAACUUCCAGAUUAUGAAUUCCAAAAUUCCAGUUUUUUCACGGAACAGCUCACAGCAUUUGAAGUUUAUCUAACGCAGGGUGCUGUAACCCACAAAGCUCCCGACCAGCUUCCGGUUGUUCUGCAGGUACUUCUCAGCCAGCAACAUCGAGUGCGAGCUUUGAUACUCUUAGGAAAGUUUCUUGACAUGGGUCCUUGGGCAGUGAACCUUGCCUUGAGCAUAGGCAUCUUCCCAUAUGUUUUGAAGUUGUUGCAAUCAGCCGCAGCAGAACUGAAGCCCGUGAUGGUGUUCAUCUGGACUCGUGUCCUGGCUGUUGAUCUUACAUGUCAACAAGAUCUACUGAAGGAUAGUGGCUACAACUACUUUUCAAGCAUCCUGAAACCUAAUGAGGGUCUUCCAGUGGUGGACAGCCUUGAACACAAAGCUAUGUGUGCCUUCAUCCUAGCCAUGCUUUGCAAUGGAUACAAGCAAGGUCAAAACGUCUGCAACCAAACAGAUAUCAUGACUUACUGUUUGACACACUUGCAGAAUGCAGACAACCCACUCUUGCGACAGUGGGCGUGCCUAUGCAUCAGUCAGCUUUGGAACGAUCUUCCGGAAGCAAAAUGGCGAGGCAUCAGGGAGAACGCACCUGCAAAAUUGUCUGGGCUGGUUCGUGAUGUGUGCUGCGAAGUUAGAGCUGCCAUGCUAUACGCCAUGACAACUUUCCUGGGAAUCCCUGACCUGACGGAUGAAGUGGCCCGGAACGAGGAGUCGAUAUCUUGGACCGUCAUUGAAUUGGCAAAUGAUGGAAAUGCCAUGGUCCGCAAAGAACUUCUAGUAUAUUUCUCUAAGCUUAUACAUCGAUAUGAAAGCAAGUUCUGGGUAGUUGCAUUUGAGCAACUGCAAGAGGAACGAGAGUACAGGCAGUACCCCCCUGUCGACGAUGGGAACGAUCACAAAAUGGGAUUGCAUUAUGCUCGUAUGGAUCACAGAAAUAAGGACGGUACCAUUAAAGCCACAGCUCAAAGCUUAUCUCACAAUUCUAUCUUUGCUGUGGUAUGGAAGCAUGUACUUAUCAUGACCAUUGACCCACAUCCUGAGGUUCAGCGCAACGCAACCAUUAUCGUAGAUUGUGUUCAUGCGUCGCUUCUUCAAUCUCCCGUUGGGGUCGCAGCACGCAAUCUGUUUGACGAUAUAAGUCGACUUUCAGCGAAACCAAAGGCAUCGAAACAACAAGCAUCCGAGCAGAGACCUAGCACACCAACGCGGCAGGACAACUUGUCAAGUGCACAAUCUAGCCAACAAGGUUUACUUAAAAGAACAGCUAGUUACCUGUUCACCUUGCCUUCAUUACCUUUUGGUGGCUCUACUGGUGAAGCUACACCACCCGACUCAACUGGAAGAUCUGGGUUGAAAUCGCCGGGCCAUCAGCGGAAUUCUUUGCCAAUGCGACCACGUCUCCCGCCAGAUUUCAAUUUCCCACCGGAACUAAACGAUAUUGCUUCGACCCCUGGAACAUAUCAUGUAGCAGAUGAGCCAACCUCAGGCGGAUUUCAACCUCGAAAGCUGCCGGGACUGCCAGUCAUACCAUUGGAGAGUAGUUUCCUAGAAUGGUCGAUUGAAUAUUUCCGCGAACCACAAAUGAAACCAAACGAGGCUGAUGAGCCUGGCAGCACUGAUUAUAAUGAACGACUCUGGCGAAGAUCAAGGAACGAAGCCAUACUGCGAGACACUCAACCCCAGAAAGAAACUGCCGGCAAUGGAAAAUGGACACAUGCUACCGGAUUUUUCAACAACUCCAGUCAGCCAACAAAGAUGACCCUUCAUCAAUUUGAAGAUCAUCUUGCUGUGUCUGAUGAUCGCGAUACAAUUUGUGUUUGGGAUUGGAAAAAACAAGACCGCUUAAGUCGAUUCUCGAAUGGUAACCCGGAAGGCUCAAGAAUUAGCGAUCUCCAGUUCAUAAAUGAAGAUGACCAAGCCUUCUUAUUGACAGGAUCUUCAGAUGGUGUUAUUCGGAUUUAUAGAAAUUACGAUUCCGACAAGAAGAUUGAAGUUGCUUCGGCAUGGAGAGCUCUGACUCAUCUUGUCCCAAGUAAUGUCAAUUCUGGAAUGGUAUUUGAUUGGCAACAGGUGACUGGCAAGCUUUUAGUAGCCGGUGAUGUGAAGGUUAUCAGGGUGUGGGCUGCGGCGCCAGAGCUCUGUGUUGUGGACAUCAACGCACGGUCGGGUUCUUGCGUCACUUCAUUGACUUCGGAUCAGAUGACAGGAAAUGUUUUCGUGGCCGGUUUCGGUGACGGAGCCAUUCGAGUAUUCGAUGCUCGAAAUAAGCCACAGGAAGCUAUGGUUAAGAAAUGGAAAGACGAGUCUGAUAGAGUAUGGAUCAAGAGUGUGCAUAUGCAAAGAGGUGGUCAAAGAGAGCUUCUCUCUGCUAGCCGCAAUGGUAAGGUUAAACUUUGGGACAUCCGAAUGGAUAAACCACUACAAGUCAUUCAAGCUACGAAGGACACUCUACGUACCGCAAGCACUCAUGAACAUCUUCCUGUAUUUGCUGUUGGCACUGGAAAUCAUACAGUCAAGGUUUUCAACUUCGAUGGCAGGGAACUCUCUCGCGUAGAGCCAUAUUCUAGUUUCCUACAUCAAGCUCGCCAAUCCCCAAUUUCAGCUACAGCUUUCCAUCCGCAUCGUAUGAUGUUGGCUUGUGCUGCGAGGGGCGAUAAUCAUAUAAAUCUAUUCUCGUGUGCGGAACGAAAGAUGCCACCAAUGGAAUAUUGA